AGUAAAGCGGUUAUUUGGUUUUAUGACUUAAAGCUAUUCGGGACUACGAAAUUAAAAGGAACUUGUAAACAGAUUGUGGAUUUUUUUAAGUGUGUCAGUAAAUACCCUAAAAAUUCUAGAUCUUAACCUCGGAAAUAUUCAACUUUACUGUAAUGAAAAUAAUCGAUUUUUAUAAAUGUAAACAAUGAAAAAUUAUCGUCCCCAGUGGGGCUCGAACCAGUGUCCUUUGGAUCAAAAGUUGUGCCGUUGCCAUUCGGAAAUCCUGGCUGAUAAACAUAUCCUUCAAAAUAAAUUUACCGAAACCACGAAAAUUGGGAAAAUUUCGAAAAAGCUGUAAUUUUCAGCUCUUUGUCUUUUUUUAUGAAAGGCAUAUAAUUUCGAAGAAAUCUUGUGCUGUGAGGGAGGGGAAUCGGAGUACCCGUAGGAAAUCCCACCUGUCCGGUAUGAUGACCGCUAACCAAGCUCACGUGCGCCGGGAGCGGGCAUUUAGCCCGGGUCGUGUGGGGGAGAAGCGCGUGUACUAACCACUGCGCUAACCGGACAGCCUCAAAGAACACAACUUAAAAGAACCGGACUAAUCAAUUUUAUAUCGCAUGAUAUAUUUAAUAUAAGGGAUCCAAGUGCUAAACAAACUUUUACAUCAACAACAGAAGCAUUCAAUCGUUUAUCGUUUGUAACACUUUAUAAUAUUAUCCAUUUCAAAUGAUUGGGCUUUUUUCAGUAGAAGACAAAGCCAUAUGGUGAGACAAAGAGGAGAUGAUGGCGGUCCGGUCGGUGUCUCCUACCUCCAUCUACUACACCCCCGAGUCCGCGUUUUCCAAGCGGCCCGCUAUCGAUGUCAAGGUCAAGAACCUCUCGUACACGGUGAACCCGACAUCGUUGUCAUGGUGGCAGAAGCUGUCCACGAUGCAGUUACCCUGGGAAGGUACCGACAACACGGAGCCACAACAGGUGCUAAGUAACGUCACGUUCAGCGUCAAGAGCGGUCAGAUGCUGGCCAUCAUGGGAAAUUCGGGCAGUGGCAAGACGACCCUCUUGGACGUGAUCGCGUGUCGCACGGAGGGUAGCGGUCUCAUUUCCGGUGACGUCUACCUGAACAACGUGAACCGCACAAGCUCGAUGGUGCGCGGCUGCUCGGCGUACGUGCGCCAGGAUGACCGUCUACUGCCGCACCUCACCGUCCGCGAGACGCUGAUGUUUGUGGCGCAACUCAAAUUGCCAACGACAUUCACCGGCGAACAGAUUAGAAAGCGGGUGGACAGCGUAAUAUCGGAGCUGGGACUAAGUCACGUGGCUGACAGCAAGGUGGGCGGGGCGGAAGACAGGGGCGUGUCCGGCGGGGAGAGGAGGCGGGUCAGCAUCGGGGUUCAGCUGCUGCUCGACCCAAGCGUGCUGUUCCUGGACGAGCCUACUUCCGGUCUGGAUGCGUUCACAGCCCACCAUCUAGUCGAGACGCUCGCUCGCCUGGCUAAGAACAACCGCGCCGUGCUUCUCUCCAUUCAUCAACCCAGAUCUGACAUAUUCGAGCUGUUUGACCGCGUGUUGAUCCUGUCUAAGGGCGAGAUGGCCUAUUUCGGCCAGGCCAGCAACAUGGUGGACUAUUUCAGUCGCCUUGGACACCCAUGUCCAGAGUUCACGAACCCAUGUGACUUCUAUGUUGAUCUGGCGACGAUCGACCCCACGUCGGAGGAGACGGAGCGCACGAGUAGCGACACGGUGCGGACGCUGGUGGAGGCCUUCAGAAGUCAGCAGGGGGAGCUCAGUCUGAGCGCUUCCGGUUCGCAGGAGAAGGAGGAGCGCGACAAGGAGCAGUGGCCCGUGCUCGCCAUGUUCCAGAGCCUGGAGCAUCAGCCAGGGGCGUUCAGGCAGUUCUGGAUUCUCUACAGACGGUGCACACGCAGUAUCGUAGAGGACUACGGUUACCUAGUAACGCAGCUGAUCCAGGCGGUGGCCAUGUCGGUGGUGGUGGGGCUGGUAUAUUUCAACCUGAAGACGGACCAGUCCUCGAUGCGUGACCGCUUCGGCAUGAUGUACAUACUGGGCGCGCUCUAUCCCUACAUGGUCGUGCUGGACCUGAUAGGCGUCUAUCACAAGGAGAGGUCGUUUCUAUACUUCGAACUUGAAGAUCGCAUGUACGGUGUAAUACCCUACAACUUUGCUAAGAUAUUCAGCGAGAUCCCAUUCCACGCGUUCUACGUGGCGGUGUACGCCAUUCCGGUCUACUUUAUAGCGGGCCUCAACCUUGACCUUAAAGACUUUAUGAUGGUGUUCGCUAUCCUCUUCUUGUUAGUGUACUGUAGCCGCACGCUGGCCAUGUUCUCCGCGAGUGUGAUGCCCACAUUCCAGUUGUCCUGCUUCUUCGCGCAAACGUUCUUCUCCAUGUAUAUCAUGUCUGCUGGGUUCUUUAUCAAUCUCGACAGCAUAUUUGACGGUCUAAAGUGGGUGUCCUCCGUCUCCUACCUCAAGUGGGGCUUCCAGGCGCUGUGCAAGGUGCAGAUCCUCGGCCUCACGUUUACGUGCGAGGACGCACUUCCGGGCUCGUGCAUUCGCACGGGUGAGGAGGCGCUGCACAGCUACUCCCUGAACGGCAACUCCGUGUGGGAGGCGUGCGUCAUCAUGGCCGCCUCUUGCGUCAUCUACCUCGCGCUCUUCUUCGUUGGCAUGCGCUUCGUAGCGCAGAAACCGCAUGAAGUGUAGGGCUGAAAAGCCGUUGGCGCGGUUACUUGUUUUUAAGUUACAGAGGUUGUAAAUGUUCAGUAUCAGGAAAGGUUGCCAACAACACGUUUGGUGUGUACUACAUGUUUUUGCGAUGACUUAAAAAUGGCGAUACCUCAAUAAAAGAACAACUUAACGAAUAUACCGAAACACAGACUUGAUAAUAAUUGCUAAAUUGACUGAGUGACAAGUAAUUGGCAACGUAUUGUGUAUCGUUUUAUGAUGCAGUGGUUAAAAAAAACAAAUGGACAAUUUUAGAGUGGGGGUACUCAUAUAGCAGUAGUGUACAAUCUGGUUCGCCGUAGACAAAUUACUAAUAAUUGUCUCACCUUAGUAUUAAAGUAAUGAACUUUUAACACGGAAAAAAGCAUUAAUUUCAAUGUUAUUGCUAUUAUUUUAUUCCCAAUGUGCAAUAAAAAAAAUAAAUCAUUUUUAUCAAAUUUGAGAAGAAACAAGUAUCAGACAGAUCAAUAAUAUAGGUUUGCAUAUAGGUGGAUUUGAAUGUUCACCCAAACUUAAGCGGUGCCGUUUUUUGUUGUAUGAAAUUUACUUUCAACAAUAUUUUACUUUUUACGCUCGCCACAAGACCUGCAUGAUGUGCGUCAUACGUGAAACCUUUAUGUAAAUAUUGAUGAUAUGCGUUAGCAAAUGCUGAAUAACGCGUUAGUGCUGAAAGGGUAAAAAUGUGUCUUGCAUAACAAAUAGCGUGCUUCAUGUCCAAAGAAAGUAAACAUUUUAUAAGAUGCGUUUAUAAGAACCCUACCAUUAAUAAUACAUGUAUACGUUACUUAAAGAACCUCGGUUAAUUUGCAGAGUAUUAAAAAGCUCAGUAGGACGUAGUGGGCGGUUUGCACGAACAACACAUCUCGCAAACGUUUCGCCGAACAUAAAAUGUGGUCGGUAUACGCAUAUAAUUAUGUUAUUUUACUAGUGCAAUACGUUGUUGAUUAUAUUAUUGUAUUUAUUUAUUUUAACAAAAGCGAGUUGUUAGAUUAAAGCUUUUGUUUAUGUAUUAUAUUCAUCAAAGUUGCUUAAUAUAUAUUAUUUGUAUCAUUCACUUCCUAUCCACUUAGUUGUUAGUUUAUUAAAUGAAUCGAUGCAAUCAAUUAUUCACUUUUUUAAUUGAAUUCAAUUUGUUUGUUUACACCGUUGUUUUAAAUUCUGAUUUAAUAAUUUCAUAGAUGUAUCGAUAUAGUUUUCAGUCUACAACAGAACCAAUACGUAAAGAUAAAACAUGAACUGACACAUAUGUUUUAGGCAUACAUUAAUGAAAUAAGAGUGGAGUUACACGAAUGAAUAUGUUAAUGACGUGCUGAUUUUGUUCAAUUCUAAAUCUUCAAUGUGAUUGCUUAUUGCGAAUUGAUAUUGACGAUGAUUUUCGCAAUGCACACAUCAAUGCAAAUAUGUACAGAAUCUUGUUAUUGUGUUAUUUAUGUAAUUUGUUACUUAAAUAAAAGAAUAAAGCAUUAAAACAUAA